UCCAAGUGAAGCGAAAAGGGGACAGGAACGUGACACAUAUGUACUAUCGUCAUCUUUGUCUUUUCCACAGCUGUUCGUAGGAAUUUACAUCGAUUUUCUGCUUUUCAGCCUGCGUUAUUGCUAGUUUAAUAAUCAAUUGUUAACGAUCAAAGAGCACAAUGACAACCCAUUUCAGUAGAGGACCUUCUUUUGGAAUGUCAGCAGAAGUCAAAAUCAAGCUGGCACAGAAGUAUGACCCCCGCAAGGAAGAGGAGCUGAGGCUGUGGAUCCAGGAAGUGACCGGCCGCAGGGUUGGUGACCCUUUCAUGGAGGGGCUAAAAGAUGGUGUCAUCCUGUGCGAAUUAAUUAACAAGCUUCAGCCCGGAUCUGUGAAAAAGAUCAGCAACUCCCCACAGAACUGGCACCAGUUAGAAAACAUCGGGAACUUCGUCAGAGCCAUCACGGAGUACGGACUGAAGCCUCAUGACAUCUUUGAAGCCAACGAUCUGUUCGAGAACAUGAACCACACCCAGGUCCAGAGCACCCUCAUCACCCUGGCUGGGAUGGCUAAGUCCAAAGGUUAUCACUGUAAAUAUGACAUUGGGGUGAAGUAUGCUGAGAAGCAGCAGCGGCAGUUCAACCCUUCGCAGCUGAAGGAGGGCCGCAACAUCAUUGGGCUGCAGAUGGGCACUAAUAAGUUUGCCAGUCAGAAAGGCAUGACCUCAUAUGGCACACGACGCCACCUGUACGAUCCAAAAGCGGGCAUGGACAAUCCCCUGGACCAAUCAACUAUCAGUCUACAGAUGGGCACCAACAAGGGAGCCAAUCAGGCCGGGAUGACAGCCCCGGGUACGAAGAGGCAGAUCUUCGAUAAGAAGCUGGACAUGGAGUCGUGCGACACGGCCACGGUCUCCCUGCAGAUGGGCACCAACAAGGUGGCGUCCCAGACGGGCAUGACGGUGUACGGCCUCCCGCGCCAGGUGUACGACAGCAAGUACUGCGUCAACCCCCACGAGCAGGCGGGCGGCGAGGACGCCGGCGAGGACCACGGCUACGGGAGCCAGCAGAACUACCACAACUACUCUGACUAACACCCGCGCCGCCCGCCCGCCCACCAUCGCCGGCUCUCCGGCCCCGUUACCGCCGCUGGGGUGGCCCGUACCUCUUCGUUUCAUUUCUAAAUUCGAGUAAUCAGAGCCUUUAAUUCCCUACAUUUUUCUUAUUCCAUCCUUCACCUCACUGGGGUGUGGAGGGGGUUAUGGGUAAGCCAGGGUUGUUGUUGUUGUUGUUUUUUUCUUCUUUAAAAAAAAAAAAUUCUUAUUUUAAUUAUUAUUAGAAUUUAAUUAUUUUUAAGGACUGAUGAGACAAAGUAUUUAUGACCCAUUCCAUAUAUAAACACAAUGUCAGGGUUGUUUGUUUUAUUGAACAGUAUUAUCAAUGUUUCAUCACCCCAAGAACAAACGGAGAAAAACCCUGGACUCUCCACCUGGAGAGAACAUCAAGAUGAAUUUGGUGAGGGAAUUGUUUUUUUUAUCUCCUUGAUCUGGACUGUGAAUUUCUCACUGUUCUGUACUGUUGACCUUUCACCCCUGAGGAAACCAGUAGCUGGAGCACAUAUCUGCAGACUUUAGGAAUCAGGAGAAUCCCACACGCUCAGUUUUCUGCCUGGGGAUGGCGGCUUACCUGUGUAAUGCUGUUCCCUUCCCUGCCGUUUUGAGCAGGGAAAGGCGUGAAUCCGGUAGAGAUCCUAUUACACUCACAGCUGUUGCAUGUGUAGUUUUAUUAGUCUUCUCACUCGUAGUGAUGUAGGCCAGUGCUUCUCCAACUCGGUCCUGGGGUCCUGCUGAGUGCUGCUUUUCAUUCCAACAUCGCAAUCCCAGCAUUUCAACAAGCUGUUAUUUUUUUAAUGAGGUUUUACAGGGAUUGUUUACCCUCUCAAGCCACAUCAUAUCAGAAAUGAUUAUGCAUGUAGGAUAAGCGUACCAGCAUACAUGGGGGGGGGGGUAAAGUUUGGGAAGCACAGGCCUACCUAUUACAUUAUUACAUGUUUUGUGUGUGCAAUAUCUUGUCUUGGAACAAUUUCAUAUUUAAUGCUUAUGAUUGAGUAUGAUUGAUCAGUGAAACAUCUUAACAAUGGGAUUGCAAUGCCACUGGAACUAUAUGAGCCACAGUUAUGUAUUUCUUGCCUAUGGAAUUAAUAUUUAGGUUGUGGCCCCCCCACCAUACAUGUGAGCGGAGUUAUCAGGGAAAAGCAUAUCCAUAAAGUAUAUAGUCGGGAUAUUGCCCAGUGGUAUAUGAAUUCAUGCAGUGCUAUUGGCUUUGCCACCUGGGGAUUUGCUGUUUAGUGCUGGUAGAUGUAAGCUUUUGUAGAUUUUUUUUUUGUAGAAAGAACAUUUCAAAAGGGUUUGCUAAUCUGACACGAGGAUAUAUCGUUUAUAAUGAAGUAUGAUUGACUAAAUAAUAAGAAAAAUAAUAAUACCAACCACCAUACUAAUACUUGGAAUAAUAACAAUAAGUGCAUAUGUAUGUAUUACAAUUCAUAUGUUUAUGACAUUAUUAUUAUUAUUAUUAUUAUUAUUAAGCUGUCUGACAGGUAAAAUUCCUGUGCAUUGUGAUGUUUAAGGUAGGAGCGAGUAAGUGUCUAACAGACUUGAAAUGGUGAAAAUCAUUUCAGUGGCAUCUGUCUGCUGUGUGAUAGGUAAAGAAAUGGUGUUUACAUACAAAUCACGAUACAAUACUGCUAAUGCCAUUUAGUCUGUACCAAGUAAUUUAUUACGUGUAUGUCCAUUACUUAAAGGAGAACUUUAAAAAAUGAAAUGAGAAGGUUUAUGAAAUGUAUGAAGUAUACUAUUUAUAUGUCUGACAGUUGAGACUUAACUCUUAUGCGGCCAGGUUUGACUAAUUAAGCCAGAUAGUCUUAUGCAGACCUGGGUCCAAUAUUUAUUUGAAAUAUACGGUACUUUAGUCCUUUAGACACCAACAUAAUCCCUGCAUAUUACAAUUCUAAAAUAAAGAUCUAUUUCAGUGAUAUUAAAAUUUAAAUUGAUGUUCGAAAACAAAAUUCUCCUAUUUUUUGUAUUGUAGAAUGUGGUUUUUUUUAAUCACAGAAAUCUGCAGGCGUGUUUAAUUGUGUUGGUGCUUGUUUCUCAAAUCCAUGUUUUACAGCUCUCUUCUGGGGAAAUGGCAGGGGAGGGGCACUUUUGAAUUGUAAUGCAUGUUGGUGUUUGAUUAAAAUCAUAAAACUAAUCAAAUUUCUAUUUUCUAUUUUUCAAAGUCCACAAACGUGAUUGAUCUUUUUAAGUUUGUAAGGAGAGCCGAUCGGAACCACGCGCAUACACUAAGAUGGAGUAAAUAACAGCCUUUAAUCAGAGUGAACGGAAACGGGUCAAUGUGCAGCACUCCGAGUAAUACAGGUUACGCAGAAUCGUAGUCAAGUCCAGCAGGCAGGGCUCAAGGUCCAAGCAAACCAGAGCAGUACGGAGAAGGCAGGGCAAAGUCCAGGAACAGGCAGAGGUUGGAACUGGGAGAUCAGUCAGUGGGACAGGAGAACAGGAGCAGGGCUUGGACAGAGACAGGUCAGGCAGGCAGGAGAGCUGGAGCAGGGUGGGAUGACACAGGACUGGAGAUAAGCACUCGGGACAGGUAAGGAGCAAGCACGAAUAAUGGACCAUA